AUGAUAGUUCUGUUCGCCAUUUUGGCUACUGCCUUGGCAGAUGUGCACCAAAUGCAACUCACCCAAAUAGGCAACUACGAUAGUGGCCAAUACGUGGCCGACGUCAGUAUCGGUACACCGGAGCAGGAUUUCAAAUGGCCGGCAGAUGCUGAAGGUGUUGUUGGGAAAGAUACAGUACGACUCGGCGCCAACGGACCCAAGAAGUUCGUCAUUCCAGGAACCGUGUUCGGGCAAGCGGCAAAGUUUAGAUCUACUUUCUCCGAUAACGAUGUCGAUGGCGUACUUGGAUUGGGAUUCCCAACAAAUGCAGCUGGCGGAAUCACACCUCCAGUAAAUCGAGCUAUUGACCUUCAUCUGCUGGACGAACCUGUAUUCACCGUCUACAUGAAGGCGGCUAAUGGCAAAGAAGGCGGUGAUGGUGGUCUCGUCACAUACGGUGCUGUCGACACAACCCAUUGCGGACAGAUACUUGCCUAUGAGCCUCUAACAUCGAAAACACAUUGGCAGUUUGCGAUUACUUCUGUGACAUCGGGAAAGUACCAUUCGACUGCGAAAUGGUCAGCCAGAUCAGACACCACAAACUCUUUCAUAGAGAUGCCGGCGCCAGAGGCAGCUGCCAUAGCUGAUGCACAUGGAGCAAAGUGGGAUAAUGAUCUGGGUCAUUACGUCAUUGACUGCAAGGCGAAGGCAUCAAUGGAAUUGACGAUUGGACAACGCAAAUACACCAUCGAAGCUAAGAAUUUCGUGUUGUCAGCACCUGACGGUCGCUGUGUGCUGGCGCUCAAGCCGUUGGCUACGAUGACUUUCGGAUACGUCAUGUCUCUAGGAGUGCCAUUCCAUCGCCAGUUCUGCACAUACCCUCCGCUAGAUGCUGAAGGCCUCCUCGGAAACGACACGGUACGUCUUGGUGCCCCUGGUUCAAAGCAGCUUAUCGUUCCUGGAACUGUAUUUGGUCGAGCCACCAAGUUCUCUGCUCCGUUCAUUGAUAACGAAAUCGAUGGUGUUCUUGGUUUGGCAUUUCCUGUGAUAGCACCCAGUCGAAUUACUCCGCCGAUGAGCCGGGCUGUUCAGCUGAAUUUAGUGGAUGACCCCUUGUUCACCGUCUACCUCAAAUCAUCCAAUGACAAAACGGAUACUAAUGGCGGUGUCAUAACAUAUGGUGCUAUCGACACAGAACAUUGCGGACCAGUGACCGCAUAUGAACCAUUGACUACACCGACUCACUGGCAGUUUAAGCUUGUUGCUGUGACAUCAGGAAACUUUCACAUGAAUGUCAACUGCCGGGCAAGAUCAGACACAUCAAGCUCCUUCAUAGGAGCACCAGCCGCUGAAGCCGAUGCAAUAGUUCGUGAGCACAAAGCUACAUGGAAUGAAGAUCUUCAGCACUACGUUAUCGAUUGCGAUGCAAAACCAACAAUGAUGUUGAAAAUCGGAAAACAGAACUAUACCAUUCACUCUGAAAACCUUGUACUACAGCUCCCUGAUGGCGGCUGUGCUUUAGCGCUAAAGGCGUUAAGUGGCCAGAAGUUCAGCCCUAUAUGGACUUUAGGGAUACCAUUCCAUCGUCAAUACUGUACGGUUCAUGACUUUGCGCAGGAAAGAAUUGGAUUUGCAAAACCUAAGAACUAG